ACACGUUGGCCGCGCUUAGAGACUCCACCGCCGUCGCUGUCGAUUACAGUCCGCCGAUGCGAACGGAACUCUGACGACAACCUCGGAAAUGAUGAAUCGGAUCGUUUCGCGAGAUCCAAACAGCAGUGUUAUUAAUAUAUUAAUUUCGUGAUUGCCGGUUUUCGUUGUUAAUAUUUAAUUAGAAAUUUUUUCGUUAUUAUUAUUUUUUUUUCCGACGGAUUUUGGUGUCCGAGGUGAAGCGCCAAACGGAUACUGUUACUGCUGCCGGUUCUGAGGUGUCCAUAAUAUAUGGGAGAAAGAAAUGACAUAUUAUUAUUGUUGGUGACACGAUCUCGGAGAUGACGAAUCUUGGAUUUAACGACACAUUGCGUGACAGAAACACUUCCGCGUGGCAACAACUGAUAAGAAAAUCCGCCUUGACACUACCGUUGCCAUAGGAUUUGUGCUCAGCCAUGGAUCUUUAUUUAACUAAACAAAAACAAACACGUGCAUUUGGACAACACACUGAAUACUGAACACAUAGUGGAUUUAAAGGUUCGAGAUGAACUCGUCCUCGGCUGGUAAUGACACUGCCAAAGGUUCCGCCAACUCUACUUCAACUGGUCCACACGAUUUGUUCAGAGACAGACACCUCACCGACUACUUGUUGAUAGUGCUGUUCUGCCUUGUCAUAUUGACGACAGUGGUAGGCAACACUUUAAUUAUUUUCGCCGUGUUUACGACCAGGCGACUUCGGACGGUAACGAAUUACUUCGUGACGUCAUUGGCCGUAGCCGAUUGGCUGGUGGGAACGUUCGUCAUGCCAAUAGCCGUCGUCUAUCACGUCAGAGGCGAAUGGACCUUUGGACGUUUGAUUUGUGACAUUUGGGUUUCGCUGGACGUGUGCCUUUGUACGGCGUCGAUACUCAGCCUUUGCGCCAUAUCAAUCGACAGAUAUUUCGCCAUCACCAAACCUCUGCGGUACUCAAAAAAACGGAGGUCAAAAAGACUGGCGUCGCUCAUGAUACUGGUCGUAUGGUUGGUGUCGUUGGUCAUAACAUGCGCUCCGCUUUUUGGAUGGUACGACGAAAGACGACACAAUAACAACAGCUGUACCUAUAACCAAAACAAGGUGUACGUAGUGUUCUCGGCAAUGGGCUCAUUCUUCUUACCACUGGUAGUCGUGGUCUACGUGUAUUUAAAAAUAUCCUGCGUAAUCGCGGAGAGGCACAACAAACUCGAAGCCCUCAAUGGACAAAAGUUGAAGAUAUCCCGUUACAGUCACGAAUCGAUGGAAAGACCGUCGGUGGAAAUGGAUGAAAUCGUGCGUGUCAGUUUACGCAGAGGUGACGAUUGCCGGGUUUCGCUGAAGCGCGAGAACAAGACGGCGCAGACGCUGUCGAUCGUCGUCGGCGGAUUUAUCGCCUGUUGGCUGCUGUUCUUCAUCGUGUACCUGAUCACGCCAUUUUUGCCGGCGGCCGCCAUACCGGAGGACAUGAUGAAGUGGCUCACGUGGCUGGGUUGGAUUAAUUCGGCCAUCAACCCCUUCAUAUACGCGUUCGUCAGCCAGGACUUCAGGAUGGCAUUUUGGCGGUUGACGUGCAGCUACUGUACCGGACACAAGCCCGACCAGAACACUCCACACAACCGGUUCGUGAUCAGAUACAGCCAUUAUUCGAGGAACCAAGUCUAAACAAAUACUUCGAUCGUCACCGAUACAACACAUACAGCGAUAUUCUGACGACUUAAACGUCUUAAAAGAUAUGAUAUGUAUCAUACACUUUAGAUUACUGUAAAAUCUCGUUAAAACAAAAUGUUUUUUUCGUCGAGACGUGGAAACGGAAUGUGGUUUUUAAUGUUUUAUGAUUUGCCCAUAAUAUUUGUUAUAUUUUAUACAUAAUAUUUACUAUAAUAGCAAAACGAAAUUUUCUUUUUAAAUUCCCACAGUUCCACAUGUCUUGUCUUACUCACCCAUUGCAUUCAUUUUUACUAUUGUGUUUUCUUUAGUUAAUUUUUAAACUAUUAACUUAUCAGAUCUCACAAUAAUAUUCGUCAUUGAACGAUAUAAUAAAUCAUAUUUAUAAAAUAUUUUACUAGUACCAUAAAAAAAAACGAUUAUAGAUUUUUGGAAAAAUUAUUUUUAUAUUUUUUACCAAAUAAUAACUACCUACUUACAUAGUAUUUUGUACUAUUAAACAUUGUUCAAAAUCGUUUGCCAUAACUUUUUACAUAUUAGAGACGUUUUAAUUACCAGGCAACUAUAGGUACUAUUUAUUUAUUUACAAAAAUAUGUGUAACUGCAGUUUAAGUACCUAAAUAGGUUGGUAAAUCUUCCUGAGGAUUUUUUUUCUGUCCCGUGAAGUUCCGUUUUAACGAUGUCUUACUGUUUAUAUAAUACAUAUUAUAAUAUAUAGUAACAACUAAUAAUACACUAUAAUUAGGUAGACAGCUAGUCAUAUUCAUAUUUAUGUAUACAUAUAUAUAUAUGUGUGUUUUAUGUGUGUAUUUGUACGAUAUAGUGGUCGCAGGGUUUGAUCGCUGAUAUAACUAUUAUAUAGUACUAUAAGAUAGCACACUUGGUACCACUCUGGGCGCUGAAUUCAGUUUUUAAUGGAUUUCCGUGCCACAUCCGCUCCAGCCGAGUCAAUUCGUUGACCGACAUAUUAUUACUAUUAUUAUUAUUAAAAUUAUUACUGUCACCAUUCAUGUUAUUAUUAUUAUUAUUAUUAUUAUUAUUAUUAUUAUUAUUAUCGUUAUUAUUGUUACGUCUGUCUUAUUUUAUUGUGGUAUAAAAAUUCGGCGGACGCAAUAUUGUAUUUAUACGGUACCCGUACCAGAAGAGUCAGAAAACUACAACUGGGCCACAGUGUCGAGUUCAUACGCCGCUGAAUAACUUACUAAAAACAAAAACUAUGCCAAAACCUGAGCUAUAAUUUGCAGUGUAUAACGAAUCGCUAUGUUAGAGCACUGAAACCAAUUUUUUUUUAAAACUAUUCUGUGCGUGUUCGUAAUUUAAUGAAAUUUAUUUUUAAAAAAAUACACUAAACGUAUGUAAAUAUUUUUACUA